AUGAUGAGGCUCUGUCACGGCCAUUUCCUGUUGGUGGCAACGGUGGUACUGUCACUCUUCUGUGGUAGUGCCGUGUCCCUGUCAUUCCAAAGUAAUAAUGUUGUGGACGAACGCUCGAUUCUUCUAGAGCUAUACAGCGCCACGGGUGGUCCUUCCUGGAACGAGAAUCAAGGUUGGGAAGAUGCUACCCCCGAUGGAACGGAUGACUAUUGCGAGUGGACAGGCGUCAUUUGUACGGGUGAAGCCGAUCUGGACACAUUUCAGCGGCGACAACUGGAGGAAGACGACGGAGACGAUGACUAUUACCAAGAUGAUGGCACUUCUCCUGCUGCUGGCACUAGUAGUAGUAGUAGUACGGCUGCUCGUGAGUCGUCGUCGUCGAACAGUAAAGAUCCCCAUCGCGUCAUGGGUCUCGACUUGACGCAAAACUUUUUGCAAGGCAGAACUCCUGCAUCGCUGUGGAAACUUCCCCUACUUCAGUAUCUUAAUGUCAAUCACAAUGAUAAGCUCCAGGUGGACUUUAGCAGUGUCCACGACGCUCCCCAGCUCAGCAUUGUCAAGGCACAGUUCACCGCGACUGCCUCGUUGGCUGGAUUGGAUCACGCUUCCUUGACCCUCAACGUGGUACACCUCUCCGGGUGUCCCCUUCGCAGUUCAUUCCCCGCCGAGUUGUUGGCAUUGACCAAUCUACGCGAUUUGCAACUCUCUGGUUGUCAACUAGAAGGAAAACUAGAUGGCAUUCAAAAGUUGACCAAUCUGCGCAAUCUCAACCUAUUUGACAAUCAGUUGCGAGGGCCAUUGCCCAAUGAAAUGAUUCAAAUGACACGAUUGCAAAAGUUUAGUUGCAGUCGCAAUCAACUCACGGGAGACUUGCACGUGGUCGAUGCCUUGGUGGAUUUGGACGAAUUGUACCUGGCAGAGAAUCAGUUCAAGGGGCGGCUACCCUCGCUGUCGGCCAUGCCGCGAUUGUCACGAGUCUUUUUGAAUAUGAACCAGCUCACGGGGCCCGUUCCUCCGCAAUUUCUCUUGGGCAUUACUACUUGGGAACCCAACUUUGCCGAAACGGCCGGAUGGAUUCGGGUCGAUAUCUCCAAGAAUCAAUUGACGGGGAUCCUUCCGGAGAGUUUGGAUAUAUUGCAAGAUUUGUCCAUGGACUUUAAUUGGCAAGACAAUCGAUGGGUGAACGUUUCCGAUGCUCUUUGUGACAAUGAGUACUGGAACCGUGGAGCUGUCAUGAACUUUGCCUGCGAUGGUUUGGCGUGUCCCCCAGGGACUUACAGCGUCAUUGGACAUGCCAGCAAUAGCUACGCGUGUCGUACUUGUGAUGCUGCCGAGUUUUACGGAGAGUCGACGUGUGUUCAAGAAAAUGACAAGGCUGCCUUGAUUGCACUGUACAGUGAAACCAACGGAAACAACUGGAUCAAUAAUACAGGAUGGAAACUAGCCCAUGACUGGCAGGGACUGUACGAUACCGGUGACAUUUGCGAAUGGUACGGAGUUACUUGCUUUCAACCAGGAGAUACCGAUGACGACAGUGCCGGAGGUAGAGUCCGGAGGAUUGACUUGUCGGGGAAUAACUUGGUUGGAGUAGUCCCUGAAGACCUAUUUGCAAUGGACUAUUUGGAUACCCUCGAGCUUUCAGGGAAUCCCGAGUUAGUUGUCCCACUCACCAAGAUGGAUGAAUCGAGUGAACUUCGAUACCUCGAUAUCAGUCGAACUGCCACGGUCAACUUUGAUGGACUCGAGAUGGCGUCCGAUUGGUUUGCCUACUUGAUUGCCGAUGGUCUGACUUUGGGAGGGACCUUGCCGAAACAGGUGUUGAACUUGACCGCUCUCAAGCUUCUCUCAAUGUCCGAAUGCCAGUUGAUUGGCACCGUGCCUGAGAAGUUGGCCAAUUUAAAACAGCUCAACGAAUUGUACCUGUUUGACAACCACCUUCGCGGCUCCAUUCCCGAUGCGAUUGGAGACAUGGUCGAGCUUCGCUUCGUGUCGUUGGCCCAGAAUCAGUUGGAAGGGCCGCUACCCACGACGUUUGAUGCGCUUCAAAAGCUUCAGGCAUUGUCGCUGGCAGAUCAAGUCUCCAAGGGUGGAGGUCUCAGUGGUCCAUUGAAAACGUUUCGGUUCCAUCCUUUUUUGAAAUCGUUGCAGUUGUCCGACAAUCUCUUGGAGGGUACAGUGCCCGUCCAGCUUUUGGAAGGUACGGAAUCCUUGCUGACCGUUCUCAAGGUAAACUUGGCCAACAAUCGAUUGACAGGAAAGGUCCCAGGUGAGCUAUCACGUUUCCAGAACAUGGAUCUAGACCUUCAAGGAAAUCGAUUCAACGAGCUGGAUGAAAGAUUGUGUGCCAGCGUCGACUGGAUGAAUGGGCUUGUUGCGCUGGAUGAUAGCGAAGAAGCUGCAACUGGGGUCUCGCCGAACUGGAUGGGACAAAAACGGUGCCAAAUGGAGUUCUCUAUGGAGGAUAGUGAUGAGCAGGGUCUGAUCGAACUGCUCUUUAAGCAAACAGGAGGAGAUCAAUGGAAGAACAAUGCUAGUUGGAUGAUGAAGAAGAAGCAGACAAGUGCGGCACAGGUCCACGUUUGUGACUGGUACGGUAUUUCCUGCGACGAGUCCAAGUCCAUUGUGGGGAUUUCGCUUGGCGCGAACAAUUUGCAAGGGACCUUCCCGACCGAACUCUACAUGCUUCCCAAGCUGGAACUUCUCUCGCUAUUUGGCAACCCAUCGUUGAUGAUCCCCAUGGAUGGCAUCGACAACGCGCAGAGCUUGCGGCAACUCAUCUUGGACUCUACAGGAUUGACAUCAUUGCGUGGAAUUGGCAAAGCGCGCAGUCUGACAGAACUGAACAUUGAAGACAAUGAUAUGGAAGGAGCACUGCCGGAAGAGUUAUCGCGUUUGAUCAAUUUGAAGGCACUUUCCAUUUCCAAAAACUCCUUUGAAGGAACCGUCCCUUACUGGAUCAACAACCUCCCAUCGCUGGAAACGUUCUUGGCCGCCGAGAAUCGAUUCGAAGGUGCCCUCCCUGAUUUUGGCAACUUUAGGAGUAUAUCCUACGUGGACUUGUCCAAGAAUGCACUCUCUGGACCGAUUCCACUGACCUUUUUGAAGUCUGCCGCCGAAGAAGAAAAGAUUGUGGUGGAUUUGUCCAACAACAAUCUUGACGGGACCGUUCCUCGAGAGUUGUUUCGUUUGAGCCGUCUGACAAUCCACCUUACCGACAAUCAGAUCUCCGAUAUUGAUCGAGAGCUAUGCCAGGCAAACGGUUGGAAUGACUACGAUGUGCAAAAGUAUGGUUGUGCUGGUAUUCUUUGUCCAGCUGGCUCUUCCAGUGUCACUGGACGGCAGACCUCCAACGUAACCCGCUGUUCGCCUUGUGAGGACGCCACAUAUAUGGGGAGCACAGCUUGCUUCUCUAGCAGCAGCUCUUCAAGGUUCGGGGGGCAUUGGACGAUUGUCACUACUUUGAUUGCAACGAUCACCGUCGGAUUGACUACCUUGGUGUAG